AAAAGAAAUGGCGUCAGAUAGAGUCGUUGGGCUUCUGGAAAGAAGCGACCCUUCUCAUUUGAAACCAUGGGAUACCACAGAGCCCCAGGAGGCUGGAGAGGUUAUGACUUCCUAUUUAAUGGACUGCAGACGGAAACAGAAGCUCAUGUGUCAGCAGCUUUGUGUUUUGGAUGAUAUGUUGAAGUUGCUUGGCGGUCUAGAUUCCGCAGAGCAGUUCCUCAGAGAGACCUGCCCACCUAACCCAGGCAGUGAGGCCCGUAUUACCUGGAAGGCUUUGAAAACAGAGUAUCAGGAGCAGGUUGAAGAAUUGGAGCAUUUGAUGGGCACACUGGGGAAGCGAAUGGGGGAUCUGCAAAAUAAACGACAGACAGUGGAGACCCUGCUGAUAGCCCUGGACAAGAAAAGGGAGGAGUGCAAGGAAAAGCAGAGAAUUGCUGCAAAGCAGCAGCAGAGAGCUGUGAAACAGAUUAAUCUGCAGUUGGAAGAAUCCCUGCAGACGGCGCAGAAUGCCUUGCGUGUUUGUGAGAAACGUCUUUCCAAGCUCAGAAGUGAUGUAGAUGAGCAACUAACUCAUGUAGCUGAUUGGACAGUCAUUAUACACAGGUUGCAGAAUGUGCUGACGGUCACUCAGACUAAAAUGCAGUACAAGCUGCUCUUAGCCAGCCCUUCUGAGUUGUGUCUAGAGCUUCUGCCCCGCUCCACUGAACAGUCACUGCACCCUCUCUGUCUCUCCGUCACCAUGACAUGUGACGACAUCUUCCACCUUCAGGUGUUUCAGGGCACAGCCGGUGUUUUGGAGGAGUCAGUAGAAGGUCCUGUAAGAGAGCUGAAUGCUGCCCUACUGGAGGUUACACAGCGCUACAUUAGUCAAGGAGACAUGCUUGCUGAGAUCCAAACAUUGCACUCGAGGUUUGCGAUUGACUGGUGUCCAGCCAAGCGACUGUUGAUCUUCCUGAAGUCUGCAACCAUAGUGUGCCACCUGAAGCUGGAUGAGGGCUACCCCUCGAGUGGGCAAGCACGACUGCUGUCUGUGCGCAAAGACGGCCACCUGCUCGAUGUUGACACAAUGCAGCCCCCUGUAGUGAAUCCUGCUCUAACAGACUGGCUUGAGUUUCUCUCCUCCAACCCAGCCUUCUGAGCUCCACCUGCUGUGCCAAGCUAGUCUGCUCAAAGAAGCUUCUAAACACUUGUCAUGUUCAGUCCAUGCAGAAUUUGUUUUACUAAGGUUAUGUUUGAACUGCACUAGUGUAUACUCGUGCACUAGUGCAGAUGAUGAACAAAUUAUUUCAUGCUAUUAAUAAGUAAGGUAAGCUUUGUGGGUUUUGUCAGUGCAUGUUUUUGUUUUUGUGUGGUGUUUUUUUUUUGUUUUGUUUUUUAAUUAAUUGACCUAUUUUCUCUGUGUGGAUAUAGAGGAAAUUGAUGGAAGUGUUUCUUAAAACUAACCUUGUAUAUAAUAAAUUCAAUUUUAUCUUACUAAAUCAUUUUCUGUUUGAAUAGUGUACAGUGAAAUUGGCGUGUUUGCGCUUGUAUGUUUUGUUUUUUUUUCUGAAUGUAUGGUGUG